AUGUUCCGCAUCCAACCCGCACGCACUGUACAACGCGCCAACUUCACCCGCCCUGCCGUCGUCCACCCUCGCUUCCUCAGCACAACACCAGCAUGCUUCGCCCAAAAAGACGCGCAAGACAAAGACUCGCUGAACCCCCGAUCAACCGAAUACUCCAAGUCCGGCUCCGAUGAUGGCGCCGCACAUUCAGACGCUGCCUUCGACCCCAAGAAAACGAGCCCAGAGGAGGCGGAGGCAACAGCAGACCGUGAGGCUGGCGGUCACCAGAACAGUCUGAACAUUAGCCCUGGAAACAAGGACAUCAGCGCCCCCAACAGCCCCGAUGUUGGCGGAAACGGAGGAGCACCGGACAAGAAGAGCAGCGGUGGAGGCAGCGCGCCCAAGAACAGCACAGGUUAG